AUGGAGGAAGGCAGCGAGAAGGAGGAGAAGGAGAGGGGGUGGGGCGAGGGGAAGGAGAAUUUCAACCCAGAGUGCAAAUUCAAAGAAAGUGUGUUUGAGAACUACUAUGUGACGUACUCCUCCAUGCUGUACCGCCAAAGCCAGUCUGGACGCUCGUGGUAUAUCGGCAUCAACCGGGAUGGCCAAGUGAUGAAGGGCAACCGCGUGAAGAAGACCAAAGCAGCCGCACACUUCCUACCUAAAGUCAUCGAAGUGGCGAUGUACAAGGAACCUUCACUGCAUGAGCUCGUAGCGGAGCAGAGUCCUCCACGCAAAACCGUAAAGACUUCAGACUCCCCGUCUCACCAGAACGGCAGGAAAGAGGCCCCCAGAGCUGACGCUUCAUAGCACAGGGGGCACAUGCAGGGAGGAUGAGGGACUACAUAGACACUGAGAACUCCAUUUUACUUCAUGCAGCGAGGGCAGGAAGAGCUGUGUGAGCGGUUGUUAGCUGUGGGUUUUUGAAUGGGGCAAGAUCAGACAGAUGAGCGGAGAAUCCCUGCCUCUCUCUGUCGAACUAGCUCACAUAUAUUUACACUGAUCCGGCAUGACACCUGACCCAACCACCCCACCCGUAUGAUCCCAUAAUCCUCUGAAAAAACAUGUUUCUGUGCCCCCACAUGCCCUACUUGAGUUCUCUCACAGUGUCAGACGAAAAAUGCAAACAAUAUCCAUCCUAACUGAAGAAUUCAAUUGACUUUUCUUUCCCUACGAUUUCUCUUUGUUUGAACAAAGAGUUUUGGUGCAAGAACAAGAGCGAAGGAGAGAGAGGUUAUUAUCCAAUAUCAUCAUAAUGAUUCCAGCAGAUGAGACCCUCACUGGUUCAUUUUUUUUUCUGCCACCACUUUGCCAAAGGCUGCUCUGUGCUAGUAAGAACUAUAGGAAGGAGUACAGUAAAAUUUGUUUUUAUUGGACCAUUCAAGGAGGAUCCAGUUCUAUUGGUCAGCGUUGAUUGAUUCCUGCUGGGCCGCUGCCAGGGAAGCCAAUGGCGUCGUGCAGAAUAUGUGAUUGGGCAGCUUUUGAAAUUAAAAUAACUCUGUAGUUCUACUUUUUUCCACUGUCUGAUAUUCUCAGAAACAACCCGAUGAUGAUGAUAAUGAGUUUAGAUUGAAUCCACGACUCAAACACAUCUGUUUUUGGUUUAAUUAUGGCUACACCUGCAGAUUGUAAGAUCCCAAAAAAACUAAACUAAAUUCUCUUGUGACGACUCUAUUCAUGUUUAAUGGCCAGUGGGCUUGAAGCGGCAUCCGUAUCAUUGGCAAAGGAGUGAAGAUUAUUCGGGGCAGUUGUUUGAUAGCUCUUUGAUGGAAUUCUUACAGGGGAUUACAUGGAGUCCAGCCAUGAUUGCUUGAAUUAUUUACUCCUUUUCCCGGGAACGUUCGGCUCAUUCAAGCAGCACGGACGAGAGAUUUUAAUAUGCAAAUUUAAAUUGUGGUGAGCCGAUCAAUGACGCAGUGUUUGUGUGCAUUUAGACGUGAGUAUUAGAGUGUGAAAGAGAGAGAACGAUGUGAAAUUAACAUCUGCUUCUAUUAUUUAUUUGUGUGUGUGUGUGUGUGUGUGUGGCAGUCUGGGCACACAUGUGUAAACGCACUGGCUCGCACACCACAGUUGAUCAUUUUAAUGGCUCGGUCAAGUUUGGGCAUUUUAAUCUGCCUGGAGAUGUUGACUGAUGACCCUCUCCAGGUUUCAUAAUUGACACAUAACCAAGAGGAUGUGCUGUGACAUCCAGGAUCUCUUUGUAAUUCCACAGGCACCUUAUCAGUUUACACACGCCACACUCUGUAAGUUGUUUGCCAUGUGUGCGUUUGAGUAAAGCAUUGGUCAACCAGCUUUCAAAUGGUGCCCUUUUGUCCUACAGAAGGGAAGCAACCUCCUCUUUCAUGAUGACAUGCAUUUGUGGGCCAGUAGCAGUUGCUGGGGCUGUAGAAGGUAUGGCUUGAGUGGCUGUAUGUGUGAUAGGUUCAUGACUUUGAUUUUGCUGUUGUUCUGUCUGAGAAAGGUAAUUUGUUGAUUCUUAUUUGUGUUCACAUAGACAUAAUCUCCUUGAGCUGUGCCCUAAACAUCUGAACAGCAAAACAAAUCUUUGUCUAACAUUUAAAUCAAAGGACUUAAAAUAUUUUGGAAAAUGCAACAGGAAGUCAGAAGAAUGUAUAGUGGACGUUAGUGAGGGUUUGCGCAUGUUGCAGAAAGUUUUUAGCAUGUUGAAGCAUGGUACGUGUAUGUGUCUCAAUGAAAGUUUUUAGCAAGUUGAAUAUUAAAGGAAUAUUCCAGUUCAAUUUAAUUGAAUUAACAACAGA